CGCACCCUCCCCCAAUCCCUCGUCGUCUCCUACACCACAUCCACCACAACAGCGCUCGUCACGCUCUCCGCGUCCCUCCUCCGCCUCGCCCAACAAAACCCUCCAUCUACCACCCCUCCACUCUCCACACUCCUCCUCUCCCUCCCACCCCCAGCAUCCACAGCACUCCUCUCACUCCUCACCCCCACCGUCUUCCUAGCCAGCAUCCCCGCCCUCGCAACAGCAUCGCGUUCGCUCUGGGCCCUCGCCCGCGACGGCGGCGUCCCGCUGCUAAGCUCUUACCUCGCGCACAUGGACGCGUCCAAGCACCUCCCGCUACGCGCCAUAUUCGCAACGACGUUUGCAUCUGCCGUGUUCUGUCUCCCGUCGCUAUCGCCCUCCCUCAUCAUCAAUAAUAAUCAUACUUCCCGCAGCGCCGGGAGCGAAGACGAUGUAGUGCUUCACACGCUGAUAUCCCUCUCCACUCUCCUCCUUUCCACGUCUUUCAUUCUCCCUAUUUCUAGUUUUUUGUAUCAUCGCUUUUCCUCUCUUUCUUCUCCUCGUUCUUUUUCUUCUCGGCGCAGAUCUUCGGGGUUUCGAGUCCCCGGGUUCUGCGGCGCGGCUGUCAACGCCGCUGCCGUGGUGUAUUUAUCCGAGGUUUGCGUUGUUGCUUGUUUCCCUGGGGGCAGCAAGAGGGGAGGAGAUGUGGGGUGGGGGCUUGUUGGGUGGGUUGGGGUUGUGGUGGUGAGUUCGGGGUGGUAUUUUGGGGGUGGACGGGAGGGGUUUAGAUGUGUGGAGAGGGAGGGGAAAGAUGGGGAUGGUUGAGGAGGCUGGGGAGGGAGGGGAGAGAGUGCUAUGGUAAUAUAUAUGUACUUGACGACGACGAUGGAUAGAUCUAGCUUACUGAGGCUUUGAGAGUUCGGCGUUGGUUACACUGUUGAAUUGUUCUUUCUUGAGGAUUGAUAUUCUUUUUCCUGUGAUUCGUUAUUUUUAUCGCCUGCCUGUAUUGUGAUUAUGCUUAUUAGUCUAGGAGUACUUUUUCUUUUUCGAGGGCGAGGGGACACUGUUAACAAUACUUUAAAAACAUCUAGAGCAAACGUUCAUGGCGUGCUUUUCAAGUCUACUAUCGCAGAGGACUAUUGCAGUGAUAGCGAGCUUCGAGUGCUACUCCUGCAA